AUGUCCGACGGAAGUCGUCCGACGUCGCGUUGGUCGUCAGCAAGGUUAACGACAAUGACUACUGUUCGUUCAAACGCUCCAUCAUCCCCGUUAUUUGCUACGCGAAAAAAACUACAACGAUCGGCAAGAAAUACUCAAUCGACAUUCACUGAUAUGACAAAAUCAAAGAAUGACAUCGAAGAAAUAUUCAAGUUUUAUUAUUCAAAUGAAACGAAAAUAGAUACGUUUAAACAAACAGUGACUGGAACACGUAUUGUCAGUCCAAGACAACCACCACCGACACCCGCACCUGCACCUAUUCAUAAUCCCUUUGUCGAAAAUUCAUCCGGUGUCUUCAAAGUUAAACAUUGCGUUAGUCGAGAAGAUAUGAGUCUAUUCGAUAGACACGGAAAUGAAUAUCAAUUGGCUAUGAACGAAUUAAACCAACUGCCAUUGAGCCCUAUACUUCAAGACGAUGUUGACGAUGGCCCGAUGAUUAUUCAAUCAAUGAAACUUCAUUCGCAAAUACCAACAGCAGAACCAACACCGUCCAUUCCCAGUGUAAUAACUCCGAAAACGGGUUCAUUGACUCGUCAUGACGAAUUCCCCCUUGUCAAAAUUGCAACAUAUUCUCAAGAAAAUUCAAAUUUUUCUUUCGAACAAAAAAAUCUCAAACGAACUAAAACAGCCUAUGGCCAACGGCCAAAAUCAUUAGCAACACCAUUGUCGAUUCCUGUUACACCUUACGCACUUGCAAAUAGUAGACGAGAUCAAAUAAAUUUCUCGCCAUCAUCAACAUCUACCUCAAAUUCAGCACAUGAUCGACAUGUUCUGACAGGCACAGCAAUGACAGCACAUCAACGACCACCGACACGAUCAGUACGACCUCCUCAGCGAACAAGAUCAAAUCUCUCCUCUCAACAAUCAAAUGUCAAAACCAGCCCGUUCUUAGCUGGUACGGACGUGUUAGAAGCUCAUGUGCCCAUCGUUACUCAACCCGUUGCAUCUAUUCCAUCGAAAUGCAGCCGAUACGUUCUCAUCACAUUUCCGAAGUUACGUACUCGUUAUAACAUUCCUACAUCUGUUGAACGUCUACUUCUACCUGAACGUUUUCCCGUUCUAUUCCAAAACAUUCUGCAAAAUUCUGAUCAUGAUCAGAAUCAUAAAUGA